AUGACUUCUAAAUGGUUGAGUGGACGGUUGGAGAAGACAUUAAGGGACAAUCCAGGUGUUAAAUUGACUGCCUUGAAAAACAAGAUUGGAAGGAAAUGGAAUAUAGGUGUUUCUAGGUCUAUGACCUUUAGGGCAAGGACAAUGGCAUACACAAACAUAGAUGGAUCAUUUAGGGAACAAUAUAAACACAUUUAUGAUUAUGCAAAUGAACUUUUAAGGUCUAAUCCGAGGUCAACUGUAAAAGUUCAUGUUGAAGAGAAUGAGGGGAACCCAAUAUUCAAAAGACUUUAUGUCUGUCUGAAGGCCUGCAAAGACAGCUUUGUGUCUUGUAGGCCCAUAAUUGGUGUAGAUGGUUGUUUUUUGAAGGGCAAAUAUGGUGGUGAGUUGUUGACAAUUGUAGGAAGAGAUGGAAAUGACCAGAUGCUCCCUUUGGCAUACGCAGUAGUUGAGGUUGAAAAUAAGGAGACAUGGAAUUGGUUUUUGGAGACCUUGGUGGGCCUGAACUUUGCUGCACUUAUACAUUUAUUUCAGAUCAACAAAAACUGGUCAGGACAAAGAUUGUUUGAGGUGAGUCAUAGGUCAAUGAUUGGAGAACAAUUUGUGGUUGACAUUGACAAACAAGAAUGCAGCUGUAGAAAGUGGACCAUAACAGCAAUCCCAUGCUGCCAUGCGCUGACUGCUAUUAGAUUUUUAAAUCUGAAUGCUGAAGACUUCCUUCCACAUUGGUUUCUUGCAUCUACUUAUGAAAAGACAUGUUUGUCACUUAUAUACCCUGUCAACGGACCUCAUCUGUGGGAGAUCACUACUGCAAAUGAUGUUUUGCCUCCAACAAAGAGGGUCUUGCCAGGAAGACCGAAAAAGAAAAGAAGAUUGGAGGCUUGGGAAUUGAGGAAAGAUGACACUCAACUGAGACAAGGUGGUACCCGUAAAAAAUGUGGGUUAUGUAGAGAAAUUGGCCACAAAAGAACAAGAUGCCCACAUGCUCCUCCUGCACCAGCAGAAACUGCUCCAUCUGGAACAUUACAAAACACAGAUGCAGACCCUACUCAACCAAGCCAGAGCAUUCUACAAACUGAGCAUACUCAACCAAGUCAGCCCAUUCCACCAACUCAAUGUACUCAACCAAGUUAG